AUGUUUGACGGAACCACUGCGCUGAUCAAGAUUGUCCCGUCCCAUCCUCAUGGAUUUGCGACUUCACGUCUCCGCGACAACAUUUUCGCAGCACUUUUGGCUGGGACGUCGAUGGACGAUAUCUUAUGGGGCGCAAACGCAACUCACAGGCCCACAGUGGCUGCAAACAGGGGAAAAGAAGCGGAUGAUUGUUUCAUACCACCAAUCCGACAGGCCGGACAAAAUCAGCCGCAACGUUGGCCUUCGCUGGUGAUUGGGACCGGCGUCUCCGAGUCCUUGACCAGGCUCCGUCAAGACGCGAGGUGGUGGUUCGAGAACUCCGAAGGGGCUGUGCGCACCGUGAUUCUGCUCAGCAUUAAACGGACCAGACGGACCAUUCUGUUGGAGAAGUGGCAGUUGAGCCCUCCCGGUCAGCAUGUCACUCCACAGCAGGCUCUGCGCAUCCAGCAGAUGACCAUACCGCCAAUGUCGCCCCUCGGACUCCAGUAG